AGGGUGUAAAAUAGGGGAGGAUUCAGACCUGGUCACAUUUUGAGUGAUGUUCUCUCAGACAGCUCAGUAAACGGCUGAUAAAAAUGCUUCAUGGGUUACUUUUGUUUGGUUUGUGCUUCUGGCGUCUUGUUGUUGUGUUUGGGGUUGAGGCAGAUGAAAUCGAGUCGUUGUUGGUGAUAGAGGGCGAUUCUGUCUCCCUACCGACUGGUGUGACUAAAAUACAAGAGGACGAUCUGAUCAUGUGGACAUGCGGAGACUAUUGCAUCGCUAAACUCAACAUUUCAUCCGAAGUCAUCGCUGAAACUCAUGACAGAUUCAAAGACAGACUGCAGCUGGAUCAUCAGACUGGAUCUCUGAUCAUCACAAACACCAGAACCACAGACUCUGGACUUUAUAAAGCACAGAUGAUUGGACAACAAGUGUCUAGGAAAACGUUCAAUGUUACUGUCAUUGCUCGUCUUCCCGUUCCUGUCAUCACCAGUUACUGUCCUCAAAAUCCUCCAUCAGGAUCAUCAGCGUCCAGAUGUGUGCUGCUGUGUUCAGUGGUGAAUGAGAGUCAUGUGACUCUCUCCUGGUACAAAGGAAACAGUUUAUUGUCCAGCAUCAGUGUGUCUGAUCUCAGCAUCAGUCUCUCUCUACCUCUGGAGGUGGAAUAUCAGGAUAAAAACAGCUACAGCUGUGUGCUCAACAAUCCCAUCAGCAACCAGACUCAACAUCUGGACAUCACUACACUCUGUCAACCAUGUUCAGAAUGUGUCUGCUGUUGCAAUUCGACUGAAGCUGUGAUCCAAUUGGUCGUCUCUGCUCUGGUGGGCGUGGCUAUUGUUGUCGUUCUGGUUUAUGACAUCAGAUCCAGAAAAGCUGAAGAGAAAAGAAGAGCUCGGAAAUCAUCAUCAGAUCAUAACUGACUUACUGUAACAAGAAUAUUAAAAAUGGGAGCUGGGUAGUUAGUAACUUUAAUCUUUAAAUAUACCCUUUUUAAAAAGCCUACUGCUAUUCUGAAUUCUGAAUAUACUGUAUAUUCACAAAGUCUUCCAGUUUUGUGGACAUUCACACAGAGACCAGUCUCUAGUCAAGUGGCUAUAACUCAAGAGGACAUACAGCAUCCGACCACUGGUUUUACAGAAAUCAUUUCAGUUUUAAUCAUUUCAAUUGGGACGUUUAAGUAAUUUUUAUAAACGUGCCUUAAAACAACAUUACUGAUGCCCCUAUGAAUACCCAGUUUGCUCAGAGCUAAUAAAGAAUUUUGAUUCUAGUGCAAUCACAUUUAAAGCUCUGCUUACUUAACACUUUCUGCUGUUCUUGUGGUCUUGGUAGGUAGCAGACCUGACAGGAAGUUGGUUAGUUUUGCAAAAAAAACAACAACUUAUGACUUCAGAAGAACUUGCCCUUUACUGGCAGUACAUAAAUACUUUUACACAAAACUUUCAGAAAGUUUUCUAUGGCCUAAACUGACCUACGGGAACUUUUG